UUUACUUUCUACCGAUAUCGUUAUUAUGGUCCCGCCGCGGGAAAAACCCGGCUCGUCUUAACAACUAAAGUUCUUGAUGUAUUCCAUCACGAACAACCGUUAAUUUAACUUACUGAGUGUUACGAAAGAAUAAAAAUGCCAGCAAAACGUACUAAACAGCGACCUAUAAAUAAGAAAAACAUUGAUCAUCCAAGCCAAUCAGUUUCAGAAAAAAAUUUUAAAAUACGAAAUGUAGCAAUCAAACUAGUAGACAUUGCAAAACAUAAAGAGAAGACAAGUUUAGCUAAUGUGGAUAAUAACAAUUUUAUUACAAGUAGCAAUUGUGAGCCAGAAAUUACUUUAGAUGACAAAAGAAUGGAGACUUCUUUAGAUGUCAGCGAAAGAAUACAGACUACUUUAGAUAACAGCAAAAAAAUUAAAACUACUUUAAAUGUCAGUGAUAGAAUGAAAACUACUUUAGAUGUCAGCAAAGAAACAGAAACUACUUUAGAGGUUAAUGAAAGAAUGAAAACUACUUUAGAUGUCAGCGAAAGAACAGAAACUGCUUUAGAUGUCAGCGAACAAAUAAAAGCUACUUUAGAUAUCAGCAAAGGAAUAAAAACUACUUUAGAGGUCAAUAAAAAAAUAAAAGCUACUUUAGAUGUUAACGAAGGAACAGAAACUACUUUAGAGGUCAAUGAAAGUGUGAAAACUACUUCAGAUGUCAGUGAAAGAAUAAAAGCUACUUUAGAUAUUAGCGAAGAAACAGAAACUACUUUAGAGGUUAAUGAAAGAGUGAAAACUACUUUAGAUGUCAGCGAAAGAAUAGAAACUGCUUUAGAUAUCAGCGAACAAAUAAAAGCUACUUUAGAUAUCAGCAAAGGAAUAAAAACUACUUUAGAGGUCAAUGAAGAAAUAAAAGCUAUUUUAGAUGUUAGCGAAGGAACAGAAACUACUUUAGAGGUCAAUGAAAGUGUGAAAACUACUACAGAUGUCAGCGAAAGAAUAGAAACUGCUUUAGAUGUCAGCAAAAGAAUAAAAGCUACUUUAGAUGUUAGUGAAGAAACAGAAACUACUUUAGAGGUCAAUGAAAAAGUGAAAACUGAUUUAGAUGUCAGCGAAAGAAUAGAAACUGCUUUAGAUGUCAGCGAAAGAAUAAAAGCUGCUUUAGAUGUCAGUGAAGGAACAGAAACUACUUUAGAGAUCAAUGAAAGAGUGAAAACUACUUUAGAUGUCAGUGAAAUAAUAGAAACUGCUUUAGAUGUCAGCGAAAAAGUAAAUUUAGAUGUCACUGAAAGCACAGUGAAUGAGUGCAAUGAUAAAGCUAAUACAUCUAGCAAUAUAAGUGAUAUUAUAGAUUCAAGUUUAAUAUUCAUUUUAAAUAAAGAAUCUUCAAUAUCAGAAAAUAUGUGUGAGUUACUUUUUAAUAUUGAUCAACAAACGCAUAGCAACGCAAAUAAUGAAUUGACUGAAAAUAAUUUAAAUGGAAAUUAUAUGAAUAAUAACAAUUUUGUUGUUACUGAAAAUAAAGACUCGCCAAUGCAUAUACAUAACAAUGAAGAAUUAAUAUCAAUUGAUCUACAAGAUAAAGAGAAUAUAAAUCAAAACAUGAUUAAUAUUGGCUCUCCUAUUAUUCAUGCAGAAAUUAAAGACACACAUCAGAAAAUCAGUACGCAUUUUAAUGAUUGUAAUUCAAAGAAAAUAACGCCAAAAAUUACUGAAAAUAUUGUAUGUAAUAAAUCAUAUGCUAUCUUAAAAACAACACCAACAAACAUUGAGAUGGAACGAAAAAGAAUACUUAAAUCUACAACAAGAAAUAAAUAUUCGAAAUUUAAAUUAUCUAAUGAGAAAUCUACAUCAUUUUUAAAUUUAUCAAACUGUGAUGAUAGCAAUAAGAGUUUAAAAAUGAGUGAAACUCAAAAUACCAGUGAAUACAACCCAACUGAUGAAACUCAAUGUUCAUCAGAAAUUAAUAAUACAGAAGUAACGGCAAAUGAUUCUGAUAUUAAUAAUAAUAGUAUUAAUGAAACAAACAGUGCAUCCGAAAGCGAUGAAUAUAGUCAAUUAAAAUUUAAUGUUCCUGGAAAUAGUGCAUGUAAUGAUUUGGAAUUAACUGCUGAAAUGUCAAAUGGUCCUAAAGGUGAUAACAAAAAAAAUUUUUGUGUAUUUUGCAAGACUUUACAAACUAAAAUAGCGCGUCAUUUGGAAAAUAAACACUGUGAUGAAGAUCAAGUUAAAGAUUUCUUAAACUUACCAAAAGGAUGUGCUGAACGUUGGCACAAAAUAGCAAGCAUAAGAAAAAAAGGAAACUUUAUUUUCAACGCAACAAAGGACUAUAAUCAUGGGAAAUUGAUAACUGUUAGAAGACCUACAAAAGAGACUAAACGGAAUGGUACAAAUUUUGUUAAUUGUCCUUAUUGUAAUGGAUUUUAUGCGCAAAAUAAUUUAAGACAUCAUGUACAACAAUGUAAGGACAAUAAAAAUUCAAGUUCAAGUUCCUCUCGACAAAUUUUACAAAAUGCUCGAAGGGUUCUUGGCAGAUAUCAUCCAGAAACAAGCAGAAGAAUGAGAGUAGAAAUAUUACCGGUCUUACAAGAAGAUGAAAUAUCCAAAGCUAUAAGAUAUGACCGUGCAAUUAUUUUAUAUGGAAAUAAUAUGUGCAAAAGCCAAGUUCAUCAACAUCAGAAUAAUUAUAUACGAGCUCAUUUACGCCUUUUAGGUCGUUUCGUACUAGCUUUGAGAAAUCGAAACUCCGAAAUUAAUACUUUAGCUGCUGCAUAUGAUCCACAAUUUUAUAAAACAGUAAUUGAGGCAAUUAAUGAUAUUGCAGAAUUUGAUUACAAAACAAACAUGUAUAAACGUCCAACUAAUGCAUCUACUCUCGGCACUUGUAUAAAAAAGAUCGGUAAAAUCUUAGAUGUUACAUACAUGGUAGACAAUGAUUUAAUAAAACGGAAAAAUGUUGAGGAUUUUAUGAAGAUUUAUGAUGUAGAUUUUAGUGGAACUGUAAAUAAAGUGGUGAUAGAAACUCAAACAAAAGUAAAACGGCACAAAAAGAUAGUAUUGCCUCGAACAAGUGAUAUUAAAAUUUUAAGUGACUAUUUGAAAAAAAAAAUACACGAAAAUAUUAAAGUAUUAUCAAAAGAAUUUUCAUAUGAAGUAUGGAAAGCACUAGCUGAAGCAACACUCAUAGCCAUUCAAGUAUUUAAUCGUCGUAGAGCCGGAGAAACUGAAAGAAUUUUAAUUAAUGACUAUAAAAACCAUGAAUGCGCCUGUGGACCUAACACUAUAUGUAAAUUUUCUACACAAACCGGCACAACUCAUAAAUAUGUUAGAUUUACUAUUCGCGGUAAAUUAAAUAGAACAGUUCCAGUACUAUUAGAUGCGCAAAUGUUCAAAAGUAUUCAACUUUUAUUACAAUUUCGGACAAAUGCUAAGGUGCCACCAAAUAAUCCUUUCGUGUUUGGAUUACCUAGUGUUAACAAAGAUCACUAUAAACAUUUAAGAGCUUGUAAACUAAUGCGAGGUUUUGCAAGUGAAUGUGGAGCUAAAAAUAUUUCCUCCCUUCGUGGUACUGCUUUGCGCAAACAUGUCGCAACAAAAUGUGUGGAUUUAAAUUUAUCAGAUAAUCAAGUAACAAGGGUAGCAAACUUUAUGGGUCAUCAUGAACAUAUACACAAAGAAAUUUACAGACAACCUGUUGCUAAAGUUGAUAUACUAGAAAUGUCAAAAAUUUUAGAAAAAGCUCAAGGUGUGGAUACGACAACCUCUAACGAAACUGAUGUAACUAUGAACAAUGAAAAGGAUAAUCUUUCUUUCAAUAAUCAAGAUAUAACACAGACAAUUGUCGAUUUAAAUGAAGUAUCUACUGAUAUCUCACAAACAUUUGUCGAUACAAAUGAAGAAACUAUUGAUACCUCAGUAGAAACGAAAAAAAUAAGGAAAUACCGAAAAAAAGAAACAAGAAAUAAAGCAAAAACAAAUUCCGCAAAAUAA